CAACGAAGAAGAAAUCCAGCGUGCGUGUUUCCGGGUUUGUUUUGUUUAUGCUGUUGUGCCCGAGCUGUAAAAUGGAUUAUUUUACACAGACUCUGAAGGCAGAUUGUGAGGAUUUACUCGGGCGAUUUCAGACCAGGGCUUCUGUGCGCUUUGAGGAUUUUUCAGCCAUCUGGAGAGAAAUGAAUUUCUCCACAAUAUUUUAUGGAAACUUGGAGCCCAGUGAGAAGAAGGUCUUCGCUCGUUUGGCUUUGUCUACAGCCUCUCCGUAUCUUCUCCCUCCGCACUCCUUCCAGAUUCGUGUCGGAGGUCUUUACCUGCUCUACGGCCUCUACAGCUCUCAGCUCAACACUCCUAAAGAACGGAUUCGCAUCGCUCUGAAGGACUGGGACGAUCUGAUCCGGUUCCAGCAGGAUGCGGUAAACGCGCAGCACUACGACGUGGUCUACAUUGUCAGGAAACUGCUGUAUGAAAAAGCCUUCUGCUUCACCGCUAUGCCAGACAAGCUGACCUUCAGAGUGAAGAAGAAGCGAGUGGACCGGAGGCAGAAUCUGUGCGAGUCGUUUGUGGACCGUGCGUCCCGACCUCAGGAGCUCAUCAGCGACAAAUUGCUGGAGGAGCUUACCAACGUCCACGAGCACUACGAAGGCCUGAAGAAGUCGGUUCUACAGCCGCAGCCGCCUCGGGCCGAUCUGAGUCUCAUCAAACAGAACCUGGUGCCCAAACUGCGCAGCUCCGUUGUCACGUUCUGCAGCUGGCAGGAGAAUCAAGCUGACAGUCAGAGUGACAGAGACGCAGGAGAAGGAACAUCAAAUCAGGAGGAGAGUUCCCACAGAGCUCAGCUCCUGGCCUCCAUCAAAUCCAGGUCUUACUCUCAGGCUGUGGAGGCUACGAAGUCUCGGCGUCACAGACAAAUCGAGGUGAAAUCGGCGGAUAAGGACUCGGAGUCCACGCAGCGAGUCCGCGGGUUCAGGAGACCGCCGUCUCUGAAAGCACGCACCAAAGCACGCUUCAUGACCGAGGGAAGCCAGAUGGCAGAGCUGCAGACCACAACCCAGCUGUGGCGCCUCGCUCCGGUGGAGGGACACGAGACCGAAGGAAAAAAGAAGAAAAGAUUCACCUGGAAAGAACACGUGCAGUAACCACUAUAAACAACACAGCCUGAUCGGACGGGUCUGAUGUUACAGGGUUACGUUGAGUCAUGUCUGAUCGGAUGGACACGUGAUUGUCGGAUCUGAUCAGAGGAGAUUGUGACGGGCGAAAAUUGAUCAGACGAGCUUCAAAAAAGUCAUGUUUGAUUGGAUGAGCUUCUGAUGACUCACAUUUGAUUAGACACGUUUGAUUGGCUGAAGUAUGAUUGGUCUGGAUCCUGUAGAUGGUUGUGUCUGAUUGGACAGUUGUGACGUGUUGUCUCUGAUUCUCUCUCAUCUCUUUUCAUAAGAAGUGUCUGAUCGGACAGCUGUGUAACAGGUCUGUUACAUGUCACAUCUGAUUGGACGGCUGUGUAACAGGUCUGUUACAUGUCACAUCUGAUUGGAUGGCUGUGUAACAGGUCUGUUACAAGUCACAUCUGAUUGGAUGGCUGUGUAACAGGUCUGUUACAAGUCACAUCUGAUUGGACGGCUGUGUAACAGGUCUGUUACAAGUCACAUCUGAUUGGACGGCUGUGUAACAGGUCUGUUACAAGUCACAUCUGAUUGGACGGCUGUGUAACAGGUCUGUUACAAGUCACAUCUGAUUGGACGGCUGUGUAACAGGUCUGUUACAUGUCACAUCUGAUUGGAUGGCUGUGUAACAGGUCUGUUACAUGUCACAUCUGAUUGGAUGGCUGUGUAACAGGUCUGUUACAAGUCACAUCUGAUUGGAUGGCUGUGUAACAGGUCUGUUACAUGUCACAUCUGAUUGGAUGGCUGUGUAACAGGUCUCUUCUGAUUGGAUGUCAUUGUGGGUUUUUCUCAAUGUUUUUAUGUUCACAAAAGAAAAUAUGUGAAGUUACUGUUAGAUAAAUGAGAUUCUUAAUAACAAAAGAUGGGCUUUCAUUUGAAGUGUAUUUUUAUCCCAUAAUAUUUACAUUGUUUUUAUCUUUUAAUACUGUGUAUAUAUGGAGUCUACUGACUGAACAAGUUAAUGCUUUUAUUCCAGUUUUUAUACACACGUUGAUGUUAAAAUGCCUCUCCUGGUUGUUGUUGUUGUUGUUGUUGUUGUUUUCCAUUUUAUUUUGCACUAAAUGUCUGUAUGUAAACAUUGCUGUAUUAUUCCGUGCUUUUCUUUGCCAUUUUGAUUACUGAAUAAUAAAGAAGCACGAUGUCAGAACAAAGAAA